UUUAUUUUUAGUGUUACACGUUUUAGUUGCUUGUGAUUUUAUUAGAAAAGGGUAAAAUCCGAUGGCACUGGAAGGCAGCAGGUUUCCUGUCUGCACGAGAACACACAACCCACCGGUCCGGCGGCAGAAUACGGAACAGAACAGACACUGCACCGCCGGACAACCGCUUACUAACACACUCAUGCUAGGUAUCCCUGAGUUAAAAGAACGUCUUCGGUAACUAGUCGUCUCUGGUGAAAUAUUAACUAUGAGUGUGUUCGUCUUAAACUGCGCAACUGGCUGAGACUACUGAGGCUGUAAGUAAGUAAACUACCCAGACACACCGCGCGCGCCCUCCCUCCCUCUCUCCCUCCUCGUCCGCGUUCAGCUCCUCUGCUCCGGUAUCGGAUAAAUAAAUGGCGGACCCGACAGAACCAACACCGGGUAGCUUGGAGGAAGACAAGUCGGAGCAUAUCAACGACGCAGAACUGGCACUGAAAGGCAUCAAUAUGCUCCUCAACAAUGGCUUCAAGGAGAGCGACGAGCUGUUCAGAGCUUACAGGAACCACAGUCCUUUGAUGAGUUUCGGGGCCAGUUUUGUCAGUUUCCUGAAUGCCAUGAUGACAUUUGAAGAGGAGAAGAUGCAGAUGGCCUUUGAGGAUCUCAAGGCUACAGAGCGGCUGUGUGAGAGUGAAAACACUGGAGUCAUUGAAACCAUUAAAAACAAGAUCAAGAGGAGCAUGGACUCUCAGAGGUCAGGAGUGGCUGCGGUCGAGCGACUUCAGAGACAGAUCAUCAUUGCAGACUGCCAGGUUUACCUCGCAGUGCUGUCUUUCAUUAAACAAGAGCUGUCGGCUUACAUCAAAGGAGGCUGGAUCCUCCGUAAAGCCUGGAAAAUGUAUAACAAAUGUUACAGUGACAUCACACACCUUCAGGAGGGCCACAGAAGGAGGGCGUCUGAGCAGCCAGUAUCAGCAUCUCCAACCCUGUCAUCUUCCUCUGAUCCUUCCAACCAUGACUCUGCCUCCUCACCUGGGCCCAGCCCAUCACACAGACCGGACAGCGUCAGCUCAGAGGCUCUGGAUCGUCUAAAAGGCUCCGUCAGCUUUGGCUACGGCCUCUUCCAUCUUUGCAUCUCAAUGGUGCCGCCGCACCUACUGAAAAUUGUCAACCUCCUGGGUUUCCCUGGUGACCGUCUCCAAGGCCUGUCAGCGCUGACAUAUGCCAGUGAAAGUAAGGACAUGAAGGCGCCCUUAGCUACGUUGGCCCUCUUGUGGUACCACACAGUGGUGCAGCCCUUCUUUGCUCUAGAUGGAGCAGACACACAGACAGGUCUAAUGGAGGCCAAAUCCAUCCUCCAACAAAGGGAGGCAACGUAUCCAAACUCCUCCCUUUUUAUGUUUUUCAAAGGCAGAGUUCAACGCCUUGAGUGCCAGAUCAGCAGUGCCUUGACAUCCUUCAGUGAUGCCUUAGAUCUGGCCUCGGGCCAGAGGGAGAUUCAACACGUGUGUUUAUAUGAAAUAGGGUGGUGCAGCAUGAUUGAGCUGAAUUACAGAGAAGCCUACAGGGCCUUUGAGCGACUGAAGAACGAGUCUCGCUGGUCUCAGUGCUACUACGCCUAUUUAACCGGAGUGUGCCAAGGAGCCACUGGAGAUCUGGAGGGGGCUGUUACAGUUUUCAAGGAUGUUCAAAGACUUUUCAAACGCAAGAAUAAUCAGAUCGAGUUAUUCUCCAUGAAGAGGGCUGAGAAGCUCCGGAGCACCAGUCUGACCAAAGAGCUGUGCAUCCUGUCUGUGAUUGAGAUUCUGUAUCUGUGGAAAGCUCUGUCCAACUGCUGCACAUCUAAGCUGCAGACAAUGGCACAAGUUUUACAGGGAAUUGAAGAUGCAUCAUCUACAGGCUUAAAGAAUCUGCUUCUCGGUGCCAUAAACAGAUGUCUUCAUAACACCAAAGAUGCCAUUCAGGUACUUUCAUGUCCUACUAGUAAUACAAUAUUUGGAGUUUUGGAAUAUGGGUGGUCUAUCGUGUCACAUUGCACUGAUUUUUUUUUUUUCCAGUAUUUCCAACUGGCUGCAAGGGAUGAGGUGGGCCGCCUGAGCAACUCUUACGUUCAGCCGUACUCCUGUUAUGAACUGGCUUGUGUGUUACUGAACAAUCAAGAGUCUGCAGGGAGGGGCCGGAUGCUAAUGCUUCAGGCUAAGGAGGAUUUUGCCGGAUAUGACUUUGAGAACAGGCUACAUGUUCGUAUUCACUCGGCUCUUGCCUCGAUGCGGGCGGCAGCUCCUCCUUGACCAGCUUUUACCUGCAACUCAAACAGGCGCUUGAUGUCGCUGAAAAAGCCACAGUGCCAUACUGGGCACUAACGUUUCACCGUUUGCAUUUGUUUUUAUUUAUUUAUUUUUAUUAUUCUGAGCCAAUUUGUAUUUUUACUGUGUGCAAUAUCAACAGUGCACAUCUGAUGGAUAGAAAUUCCAUCAUGGGUUUUACUGAUCUGUUACUGGACUGCACAAUGAAUCAAAACAUCGGGUUUUUAAUGUUUAGGUUAAAAACUAGAAUCUAGGUUAAACGUUAAUAUAAUUUAGGUUUUUAAAGGGAUCUGUCAUAUUGCUUCCACUUCUCAUGUGAACACAAGUCAGGUUAACUAGAGUAAAGGCACAUAAGUAUUAAAUGACAAAAGCAAUCUACAUGAAUGACUCGGCCUCCGACUCAGAGUCCGGCAUCAUCAUCUCAGUGUUUGUUAAUGAACUUGACUUUAGUGUUGUACAUGCUUUACUAAUACACAGGCAUGAGUAUUUUGCAUUUGGAGUAUCUUCCCUACUUUUUAAGCACUUACUGUGUGUAAAUAUGCAGAUUUUAAAAGAUGUGCCAACCUAGUUGUUUUACCUGCACAGUGCUACUCUUUACUGUAAACAAGUUCUCCUUUAUAUUGUUUGUUUUAAACUAAUAAAAUGGAAUAUUGUAAA